GGUCAUGAUUGCAGAGCUCCUUCUAGCUGCUCAUAUCAAGCAAAAUGGCGAGACAAUCAAAGCCAUUCACGGCAUCUACUGUUUCACAAGAAAAGCCCAAGAAGCAGGUGAUCAAGAAGAAAAGGCUUGACCCCGCCAACGCAUACACCUACCUCCCGUCUCUCCCCAAACGCCACCGUACAUCCGCCUUCCAGAACUCGCUCAGUUACGAAGAACUCCAACAGGCCAAGGAGUCGUCCAAGGGACGCCAUUAUGAUGGUGAAGACGAUGAAGAAUCUAUGCAGGCGAGGGUGCGAAAAGUUGCGAUGAUGAUUGCUUCUGAAGGGCCUCAAGAAGUGGAUAGCGAAGAAAGUGAAGUGGACUCUGACGAAGCAUGGGAGAGUGAUGGAAGUGACGAAGAGAGAUGGGGAGAUGUAUUUAAAGAGCUAGAAAAGGGAAAAGGGAAGAAGAAGGCAAAAGACGUAGUCAGAAAACCUGCGAAACCAUUGACUGUCAAUCUUGAUGAAAGCGACGGUGAAGCCCCCAAAGAAAUUGCCAAUAAUUCAACCGUUCCUAUCUCUCCUGAGUCUGCAGAAGAAGACGAGGAUAAUGAUGAUGACGAGGAUGAGGAUGAGGAUGAUGACGAGGAUGAGGAUGAGGAUGAGGAUGAGGAUGAAGACGAAGACGAAGACGGAUUGUCGGAACUUUCAGCGGAAGAGGAAGACCCCGACACGCUUGCCGACCUUGACGCUUUUGUCGACCAACUCGCCGCGUCCGACAAGAAACGCAAAGCUACAGAGACCGACGCCGAUUCUUCAGCUGAGCAGAAGAAGAGACGGGUCUUGCCUGUCAAGUUUAGGCAAGAGAUCAAGGAUGACGCAGCUUUGAAGAGCAACCAAAAAUUGGAUAUCUCCGCUCUCAUUUCAUCCCACCCCUCUCUCGCUUCCGCCUCUGCUCUUAUCAAACCCUCCAAACCAUCCACUACCAAGUCAGUCCUCAAGGGCGGUGUUCUUGCUGCUCCUCUUCCUACCGUCCAACAAGAACGACUUGACCGCGAGGCCGCUUACGCCCAAACCAAAACUGAAGGCCAAAAAUGGUCUACCUUGAUGAAACGAGUCAAAGAGGCCGAACACUUGUCCUUCCCUCUCCAAGCAAAGGACCGCGGUGGCGUCAAAUCUUCCAGCGAGAUUCUUGCCGGUUUCAAGCCUCAAAAUGAAAUGGAAUCUGCCGUCGAAGCACUCUUAAAAAAGGCCAACCUGACAGAGGACGAGCUCACGAAGCAUGAAGAUCUCCAGAUGGAAGCUCGUGAAAUGACGGAAGAAGAAAUUAAAGCUCGUCGAGCUGAACUUCGAUACCAGCGUGAACUUCUUUUCCGCGCUGAAGCCAAAGCUAAGCGCGUGGCCAAGAUCAAGUCCAAGACAUUUAGGAAACUUGCGAGGAAACGAGCAGCAAAGGAGAACCCCGGGAUGGCGUUGGAGGACCUCGAGAGGCUUGAUCCCGAGGCGGCGCAGAUUGAGAGAGAGAAGAUUGAGCGUGAGCGAGCAAAGGAGCGAGCAACCUUGAGACAUGGCGCGAAGAGCAGGUGGGCAAGGGGGGUCGGUGGUGAAGCUGAUGAUGACGAGAGGAUGGCAAAGGAAGCAAUGUUGGAUAUGAAGGAGAAGCUGUUGAGGAAGAUUCAGGGUAAGGAUGAGGGUUCAUCCUCCGAAGAAGAGAGCGAAGACGAGGAAGAAGAUGAAGAAACCGUCAAGGCCAAGGCGUUUGACCAGCUCGCUCAGCUCAACUCUGAUUCCGGUGCGGCCUCACAAGCUCAAGGCAAAAAGGGUCUCAUGCAAAUGAAGUUUAUGCAAAAGGCGCAAGAAAGGAGGAUGAAAGAAGUCGCAGAGCAAGAGAAGGAUGCUCGUAUGCAAAUCGAGCUCUUUGGUGAGGAUGGCGAAAGAGAGGAAGAGAGUAGUAACGAGAGUGAUGAGGAGCCAGCCGUUGUUAAUGUUGGUGGGAAUGAAGGAAGACUCAAGUUUAGCGGUCCUACUCCUGGCACCGGCGCUUCCGAAUCACCAGCUCUUCCUGCUCCUUCAGUCCAAGACCCCGUCCCCGCAUCCAAAUCCAAAUCCAUCUUUACCCGUGCCCCUUCUCCCCCUCCUGUAGACUCCAAUCCGUGGCUCACCGCUACCAACUCCUCCGGCCCCUCUCGAAAACGUCACGCCCAACUUGGAUCCCAGCUUAACGACGAGACCAAGGCUGUUAAAGCUAUCAAGAAGGCAAGCAAGAGAAGAGAGGAUGAAGAGGAGGAUGAGAGGGUUGAUAUUGAUGUGGAGGCACCCAUCGCCACCAAAUCAGUGGAUAUCUCAAAUAAUAAGGGUAAGACUAAGGGUAAGACCUCUAUUGCUGCGAUUGCGGCGGUCCAAGCGGACGAACAGGAAGAAGAUGAGGAAAUUGCAGACUUGCUUCCUGCCAGCGGCGUUAAAGCAUUCAAACAACGUGAUCUUGUUGCUGAAGCGUUUGCGGGUGAUAAUGUCGUGGAGGACUUUGCGACUGAAAAGGCCAGACAGAUUGAGGCGGAUGCUCCAAAGGUUGAAGAUACCUCACUCCCUGGAUGGGGAUCAUGGGGCGGUAAGGGUGCAAAGAAGCGCAAAGCCAAUCCGAAAUUCCUCGUCAAGACGGCCGGUAUCGAGCCUAUUGCCCGAAAGGACUUUGCCCAUUCCAAUGUUAUCAUCACCGAGAAGAAGGACAGGAAGGCGUCCCAAUUCCAGCUCAAGGACUUGCCUUAUCCUUACACGAGCAAGGAGCAGUAUGAGAAGAGCUUUGAAGUGCCAGUGGGUAGUGAAUGGAAUAGUAGGAGCGGGUUCCAGAGAGGCACUCUGCCCAGGGUUGUCAAAAAGCCUGGAGCCAUUAUCGAACCUGUCAGGAGACUGUUCUAGGCUUCGUAUAUUAUGUAAUGUAUUGUGCGCACUUUUGAUGUUUAGUAUGCAUUCGUCGAGCUUG